ACAGAAAUAUAGUGAAUUUUAGAGCCAUUAUACUAUAAAAAUAUUUAUUAAAUAUCCAGUAAGGAUAGGCUUAUCCAGCUCUCGUCCACGUGGCAGCAUUCAUAUGAUACUCCAUAUUCUCACGAGAAUACCCGUUUUGCCACGUGUCUAGGUGAGAUCCAUGCAAAAGCUCAAAGACACCAAAUUCAUAACUCAACUCAAUAGCCUCAAACAAACACACACACAAUUAGAGAAAGAUCAUCUUAGCUAAGCCAUGGCAUCUCUGGCGACCUUAGCUGCUGUGCAACCAGCUACCAUCAAUGGCCUUGGUGGAAGCUCCCUCACAGGAACAAAGCUCUCAAUCAAGCCCACCCGCCAGAGUCUCAAGCCCAAAACCUUCAGAAGUGGUGCUGUUGUGGCCAAAUAUGGAGACAAAAGUGUCUACUUUGACUUAGAGGAUCUGGGCAACACCACAGGGCAAUGGGAUUUGUAUGGUUCAGAUGCACCUUCACCAUACAACCCUCUUCAGAGCAAGUUCUUUGAGACAUUUGCUGCUCCAUUCACCAAGAGAGGAUUAUUGCUUAAGUUUUUGAUAUUGGGAGGUGCUUCCACUCUUGCUUACCUUAGUGCCACUGCCUCAGAUGACAUUCUACCCAUCAAGAAAGGUCCUCAACUUCCACCAAAGCUAGGACCACGUGGCAAGAUCUAAGCUCAUCAUUUGGUGUUUUUAUUUUUCAACUUUGUAUGUACCUUUUGAUUUCAGAAUUUGUAAGUAUGUCCCAAAAAGCGUACUUAAGACCCCCUUAUUUGAUUAAUCGAACAAAUUAAUGUAAUCUCAAAUGCAAUUUGAGGGGGACUGCUUUAUUCAAUCA